ACCACCCUGAUCCGCGAGGUGAACCGCCGCCUCCAGCUGCACCUCGGCGAGAUCCGCGGCCUGAAGGAUAUCAAUCAGAAGCUGCAAGAAGAUAACCAGGAACUGAGAGACCUGUGCUGCUUUCUGGAUGACGACAGGCAGAAAGGCAAGAGGGUGUCCCGUGAGUGGCAGAGACUGGGCAGAUACAGUGCCAGUGUUAUGCACAAAGAGGUUGCCUUGUACCUACAGAAGCUGAAAGAAUUGGAAGUGAGACAAGAAGAAGUGGUGAAGGAAAACCUGGAGCUGAAGGAAUUGUGUGUGUUGUUGGAUGAGGAGAAGGGUGGUGGAGCAGGCAGCCGGAGCUCUAUUGACAGCCAGAUCAGCCUGUGCCAAUUAACUGCCACCAGCACUUACAUAAGAGAUGUCGGUGAUGGGAGCAGUACUUCUAGCACGGGAAGCACAGACAGUCCAGAUCAUCAUAAACAUCAUCCAAGUACGAGCCCAGAACAUCUUCAAAAAGCUCGGGGUGAAGGAAGCCCUGAGCAUCAGAAGCACAGGAGUAUCAGCCCCGAGCAUCUCCAGAAGCCCAGGAGUUCGGGCAGUCCUGAUCAUCACCUGAAAGGACCGAGUCCAGAACAUCAGAAAACCAUUGUCAAAGCACCUGAACAACAAAAGCACAGCAGUAGCAGUCCAGAAACUCUCCCAAAGCAUGUUUUGAGUGGUAGCCCUGAACACUUUCAAAAGCAGAGGCCUGGCAGUAGCCCUGAGCAUCAAAAGCACAGCAGUGGCAGUCCGGAUCACCUUCAAAAGCACACGCCCAGUGGAAGUACAGAACAUCUUCACAAAGUGAGGGGCACGAGCCCUGAGCACCUCAAAAAACACUAUGGAGGGAGCCCAGAGCAUCUCAAGCAUCUCAGUGCAGGCAGCAGAGAAGGUACCCUCAGGAGACAAGUAACAGAUGACCUGUCCCCUCACCACAGAAGUAUAUACAAUGGAAUGAAUGACAACCACCAAAACCAACCAGCCAGACAGCGUGCAGCAAAUAAGCAAACAGAAGCUUGACUGAGUGGGAACUAAACUGACUCUUCAAUCCUUAAUGUGAUGCCAUGGGGACUGGGAGGAGAUUUUUCCUUCAACUCCAGUCCUCAAACUGUCCUCAGAUUCACUGAGUUCAGUAUCUGAAAAGGUGAAGUUGUUUUCUAAAAAUCCAGUAGAUAGAUGAAGCUGAGACUGCGAUUUACUUUGAGUUCUGAGAAAUAUAAUGUGAAAAAACUAUUUGGGUUCUGCAAGCUGGACAGAGACUGCAGUCAGUUCAAUAAAGGCACUGCUAAAUUUACCAUGAUGAAGUGCUGCUUCAUGCAUGAAAUAGAUGCUGUGGUCUUGUGCUGGUGAUUUGAUGAUUUAUCACCUUUAAAACUGUAGAAACAACAUGCAGAACUUGUUUUCAGUGGAUUAUUCGUGUUAUCACUUGUUUGCAUCCCUUGGAAUCUUACAUGAUUGAUAAACAUUUCAAACAAACAGAAGCCCUUGAAAAAUAAAUUUGGAGAUUUUAAAACUGUUCUUUUCACAACAGGAAUGCCCCUCUAUGGCACAGGGCUGAGGGGCUUCUCCUGCUGCAGAGAGACUCGGGUUUGAUGCUGGCACUGGAGGGGGAUGGAAAUAACUGUGCUAUGUAAAUGUGUGCAGCUCAUCCACAAGGAAUGUCUCAUCUCUGUAGUCUUGACUAUGUAAAAGGAGCUGACAAUGUACACUGGAUCCUGUAGGUGACUGGUGCAUAUGGAGUCUUGGCAGAGGAAGGAGCAACUCAACUGCUGAACAGCUCAGCAGUAUCAGGAAUUGCAUUUCUAUGCGUCUACUGAUAGAACUGUCAGUGCCAGUGGCACUUCAGGUGCCACUGGAGACUGUCAAAGCCUUUAUCCUAUGUUGCCUAUCUCCCUAGCACCUGUGUAUUGGAUCUAAGUGGAAAUUUUCAGGUGUGGAGUAACUUUGGUUCCUACCCUACAGCCGUCUGCUGAGCCCACUGGCUUAGCUUUGGUUAGAGGGUGUUGCAUUAUCCUCAGUUAUACACGGGCUCUCAUGCAGUUCCAGGAUGGCAGAAGGGUUCGCCAGCGUCUUGGCUAACCAAAGCAAAGGCUCAGCAUAUUUCCAUAUUUUUUGUUUAUUUUCCAAUUAAGAAAAGCUACACUUCUGUGAGCGUGGCUCUUCUCACUGUUUAGGUAAUGGGGAAAAAAUAUCUUUUGAAUCAAUUUUAAGUAUGGUUAAGGCUGAAAUAGCAAGGUGAAUUCUUUCUGCUUGAUUUUUAAAGUCCUAGUGACCAAGAACAUAAUUUUCCCAAGGUUCUCUACAAACAUUGGUUGUGGUUUAGGUUAUAUUCACUCAUUGGAAACUGCAGCAUGGUUCUGCAGUGUGCUUCAAAGCCAGCGUAGCUCUGCUUUCCAGUCUGUUUUGAGUCGUCAAGCACUUCAUCCUUUCUCAUCGCAGCAACUAUGUGUUUUCUCUACUACAAACAGCACCUAUCUCAUGUUUUUUGCCCCUUUUGGGUCAUUCCUAAUGCUCUGCCACCCUUCUGUGCUAUGAUUUUUGGAAUGAGAAAUAAAUGUAAUUAUAAGCAAAACUGUCUGCUGAGGGUGGAAACUGUCUGAGGAUGUGCCUUGACGAGAUUAUUCCCACUCUGGGAAGAAUUCCUUUCUCUGACCUGUUUUCUCUUUAGGAGAUGCUGUCUCCACUAUGGCAACAUCUCUUCAGAAAAUUCAAUGCUAAGCAGUUUCAAAACUUAGAAGCCAGGUCUGUGCCUCUCCUGGCUGGGAGAGGCAGUAACUCUCAGGUACCUGUAAUUCCCCUGCUCUGAUUACCUGAGAAUAGAGUGCCCUCAGAGCUGCUCACUACUGAUUGCUGUACAUUUUCAAUAGUAAUCCCUACAGAGCAGCAAGCUGGCAAAUAUUCUGCUUGAUGAAGAUCCAUCAUGGUUGUUCUUUGUACAUCUCCCUGCUUUGUUAUCUGUCACCCUACAUUUAUCAGAACAAUCAGUGUUUGGAAUUUCAUACCUAAAUCUGGCUUGACUGCCUGAUGAGCUACUGUAGUCGUGAAAGAGGCAGUUUCCUUAAAAAUGUUGGCAUCUCAAUCUUCACCCUUUU